GGCAGUGCAGCCGCGUCUUCCCUCCCCAGCUCGGCACGCUACAGAUCAUUCACGGCAACGGCACGGCCGUGGGGACGGUGAUAACAUUCCAGUGCUCUGCCGAGCACCAGCUGGAGGGACCGGGCAUCAUCACCUGCGUUUGGAAAGGGAACGGUACCCAGUGGACAGCCGGAGUGCCCUCCUGCAAGUCCAUAUCAAAAUACGAGACUUUUGGAUUUAAGGUCGCGGUGAUUGCCUCCAUUGUGAGCUGUGCCGUCAUUCUGCUGAUGUCCAUGGCUUUUUUAACUUGUUGUCUUAUCAAGUGCGUGAAGAAAAGUGAAAGGCGGAGGACUCAAAGAGAUAUGCAGCUGUGGUACCAGCUCAGAGCUGAGGAGCUAGAGCACAUGCAAGCUGCUUACUUUGGUUUUAAGGGAAGAAACAACAACAACAGCAACAAGAAACUCAGGGAUAAACCCGUAUUUGAUGAUGUGGCUGACAUGGCAUAUGAUAACCAAGGCUUCUACAGGUUCCAGGAGGAGUGGACUCGGGACGUCAUAGCUUCUGGGUGUUGCAAAGACAACGACCAUCUGCCGAAGUUAACCGGGAGCAGAGGCGUACCUGUGAAACAAGCUGUACCGGGACCCGGCGCUGCGCUACAGACGGUGAAUUCAGUACAUGUCGUUGAGGUCCACGGACACAAGGAUGAUUCUAACAAACCGAGCUGUCAGAUACCUGGAUAG